UUUCCCUUUAGUCCUCCGAUUUGGUGAGGCGAAUAAAUUGGAGUAGUUUUUAUGACUUAUUCUUACCAGAAGGAAUUUGUGUUUAAAUUCCAGGUGAUACACGAUCUACUAUUGAUUAAGGUCUGAAACAGAAGAUCUGCGAAGAUGGUUGUUCUAGCUGCGUCCAUUAUUUCUAAGUCAGGCAAAGCACUUGUCUCGAGGCAGUUUGUUGAUAUGUCUCGUAUAAGAAUUGAAGGGUAUCUUGCAGCCUUCCCCAAAUUGGUUGGAACAGGAAAGCAACAUACCUAUGUGGAGACUGAAAACGUGCGUUAUGUUUAUCAGCCAAUUGAAUCUCUGUACUUGCUGCUCGUGACAAACAAACAGAGCAACAUUCUUGAAGAUUUGGAGACACUGAGGCUGCUGUCUAAACUUGUGCCUGAAUACUGUCAUUGCUUAGAUGAGGAGGGAGUCUCACAGACAGCUUUUGAGCUUAUUUUUGCAUUUGAUGAAGUAAUCUCUCUUGGGCACAAGGAAAAUGUUACCGUGGCACAAGUCAAGCAGUAUGGUGAAAUGGAGAGCCAUGAAGAGAAAUUGCAUAAGUUAGUCUUACAGAGCAAGAUUAACGAAACUAAGGAUGUCAUGAAGCGUAAAGCCAGUGAGAUUGAUAAAAGCAAGAUUGAGAAGAAUAGGGGUGAGAAAGGAGGUUUCAUGUCUCUGCAAUCUAUGGGUUCUGGAAGAAUUGACACUGGCUUCGGCAGCGAUACAAACUUAUCUAGCUUAGGAGGUGGUGGUUUUGGCAGUGGUUCUGGACUUGGACCAAGCACCGAUUUGGAUUCAUUUUCCACCAAAUCCAAGGGUCGUCCAGCUGCAUCUGCUACAGCUCCCCCGAAAGGUCUUGGUAUGCAGCUAGGUAAAACACAAAGGGCCAACCAAUUUUUGGAAUCCCUGAAAGCUGAGGGUGAGGUCAUUGUCGAAGAUGUCAGACCAAGCAUUGGUCAGUCCAAGCCAGCUGCUCCACCACCAACUGAUCCAGUCACACUGACUGUUGAAGAGAAGAUUAAUGUAACAUUAAAGCGUGAUGGCAGUAUCGGCAACUUUGAUGUGCAGGGUACCUUGUCUCUCCAAAUUCUGAACCAAGAAGAUGGACAUAUCCAAGUUCAGGUUGAAACCAGUGGUAAUCCAGCCAUCCUCUUCAAAACACACCCAAAUAUCAAUAAGGAGUUAUUUUCUAAUGAAAAUAUUCUAGGCCUCAAAGAUCCUAAUAGGCCUUUUCCUGCUAAUCAAUCUGGUGACGGUGUUAAUCUCUUGAAGUGGAGAAUGCAAAGUUCAGAUGAGUCGAUUUUACCUUUAACCAUUAACUGCUGGCCUUCAGUUUCUGGGAAUGAAACCUAUGUGAAUAUUGAGUAUGAAACCCCAGCACAGAUUGAUCUACAGAAUGCCGUGAUUUCUGUACCUCUCCCGGCUCUCAGGGAGGCCCCACGUAUACAGCAGAUUGAUGGAGAGUGGAGGUAUGAUUCCAGAAAUUCUGUUCUCGAGUGGUCUAUAGUUCUCAUUGACAAUUCUAAUCGCAGUGGAUCACUGGAAUUUGUUGUUCCAGCAGCAGAUCCUGAUGUCUUCUUCCCAAUUUCUGCCCGUUUUACUGCCUCAAGAACAUUCAGUGACCUGAAGGUUGCCAACAUUCUGCCAUCGAAAGGUGGGUCUGCUCCCAAGUUUUCUCAAAGAAUGCUGCUGGCUACCGAGAAUUACCAUGUCGUGUAACCAUAAUGGUGGUAUGGACAAAUGAUGUUUGUUUCCCAUAUAGGAUGUUUUUCUUUGGCGCGAGUGUGU